AUCUACUCACGAUGCCUGUCAGCCGAGUCCAGAUACACUUCCGCGGAUCUGGUGGUGUACCACCGGGCCACUUGCUUUCCUUCCUAUCCAUGCCGCUGGUAUAUAUGAUUUGGAUUUAGAGGAUUCGCAGCUCAGCGACUAUGUCAUAUCCUCAUACACUCCCACUCUAUCCAAUUUACUCAGUCCGCAAAUCCCAGCUAGUAUUCCCUUCAAAUUACUAUCAGUUGUACAACCGUCCGCGCCUGGAACAACUCAUAUUCCCAGUACCAAGACAGAGCUUGAGAAAAUUCGACUUCGCCUUGCCGAUCGACCACACAUUGUCCUCGAAGGUGAAGAAGGCACGAGAAAACGAGUUAUGAAAGGAAUGGAAGAGUGUAACUGGCUACAUCUGGCGUGUCAUGGUACACAGAAACCAGAAGAGCCAACGAAGAGUGCGUUGAUCCUUGAAGAUGGUCAUCUGACUAUCGAGGAGAUCAUCAAGCUCAAUCUUCCGCAAGCAGAAGUUGCAUUUCUUUCUGCUUGUCAGACGACCACUGGUGACGAAAAUCUCUCAGAAGAAGCCGUCCAUAUUGCAGGUGGGAUGCCCUUAGCAGGAUAUCGCGGAGUUGUAGCAACUAUGUGGUCCAUCAAAGACGACUUGGCACCAGAAGUGACGGACGAAUUCUAUGGACAUUUAAUGAAGGAGGGAGGUCGACCGGAUAGUAGAAAGGCGGCCGAAGCAUUACAUCUCUCGGUGCAGAAGAUUCGGAAGAAGAAAGGAGUAUCUCUGACAGAUUGGAUUCCAUUUGUCCAUUUAGGCGUGUAG